GCCUUCAUGCAGGCUGUGGAGUGUGUAUGGCUCCCAGAGCAGGCUAAAUAGUGUUCAAUAGUCCUUGGUGUAGUAAACUACCUUAUUAUAUCGACGAAAAACUGAAAGUUCCUUAAUUUUUAAAGUGUGAUUAACAUUAUCGAUACCAGAUGAAACAGUAGCUGGAACUGUGAAGCCUUGAGCGUAGAGACUCACCCAGGAGCGCGAGGAGAGCCAGUUCUUCAGGAAGGGAAGUUAUAGCCGCAAGCCACGAGAAGUUAUAUUUGACGGUGGUGUCCUGAGGGAGGCGACCUGAAGAUGGAGACACCGCUGGCCUUCACCUUCUGCUGCCUGCUGCUCCUCCCACCACAAGGACUAUCAAGGGGCUACAACGACCACUACGACGACACCUACGACGACCCGAACUCGUACCAGGACUACGAGGACGUCACGGACGAGGCUCCCACCUUCCUGGCGCGCGCACAGCUCUUUACUGUGGAGGCUGGCCAGUCUGUCAUCAUCCCCUGUGAUGUUGAGAACGCAGGUGUUAACAAGCUCAUCAUUAAGAAAAUACCUGCCAAUGGAGGGAGGGAGAAGCUGAUAUCUGUGGGGAGUGAGAGAGUGAUCCGGGACUCCCGCAUCGCUGUGGACGGCGCCCGUCUCACCAUCACGGGCGCCAGACCCAGAGACGCCGGGACCUUUCUCUGUACCUUCGAGAUGGAGCCGCCUGUACAGCUGAAGCACACCCUCGAUGUCCAGUUCGCACCCACCAUCAAGGCCCAGGACCCGCCAGAGCAGCAUGUUCCUAAGGGCUCUACCGUGACGCUAGAGUGUAGCGCUCACGGCAACCCGCAGCCCGCCAUCCGCUGGUCUCGCCAGGAAGGCCCUCUCCCACCUCGCCUUCCAACUGAGGGCAACAGCCUGACGCUGGAGGGCGUGGACCACCUGGCGGAGGGCACCUACCUGUGCACGGCCGACAACGGCAUCGGGGAGCCGGCCACCGCCGCCAUGGCCCUCACCGUCCACUAUCCUCCACACAUUAUCACAGAGAAGAGGAUAGUGAGGACCGGGGCGGGCGACGCGGUGGAGCUGGCCUGCAUAGUGACGGGGCGACCCGCCCCAGACGUCACCUACACCAAGGACGGCCAGCCCCUCCCGGACGCCAUGAUGGACACCAAGCUCUACAUUCCUCAACCACACAACACUUCAUUUGACUCGUACACCCACCACCUGAGACCCGCCCACGCCGCCCACGCCGCCCACGCCGCCCACGCCGCCCAUCUCAGCUUCCCCCACGCCACCCAUCGCCAUAUUUUUACCAUCAAAAAUGUUUCUGAAAAAGACUUUGGAACAUACGUGUGUAUCGCCAGGAACCAUUAUGGCCAGAAGGAAGGUGUCAUCCAGAUGACAGGGAUGCCAGCGGCGCCGCAGGUCACCAGCAGCCCCGCGGGGUCCGAGGGCACCAAGUACACCCUCACCUGGGUCACCGACAGUUACUACCCCAUCACAGAGUUCAUCAUAAAGUACCGCAAGGCCCAUCUGGCCGCCUGGCAGAGCAACCAGACUGUGGUGAGGGCUGGGCCGUGGGAGACUGUAGGUAGGCGGGUGGAGGGUGUGGCAGGGCCCCACACCCCCACCACACACACCAUGCACCACACCCUGGAGGGCCUGCAGCUCGCCUCUCAGUACGAGGCUCUCAUCCUCGUCAGCAACAAGUACGGCUGGUCCGAGGAGUCUCCUCACUUCUACUUCUCUACCCAGGAAGCCAUGAGGGUACUGGAGGGGGGCAGCGGGCCCCGAUGCCAGGCCACCCUCCCUCACAUCCUCCUCAUCUCCCUCAUCAUUGUUGCUGACAUAUAGAACACCGGCAACCUUGUUGACAGCGACGCUGACAACCACACGCUCACCACAACCUGUGCCGGCUCCCUCCUCUACUCACACACCAAACAAGUGGUUACUGUGGUUAAGAUAUAGUGUUUCACUUCCUUUUAUAACUGUCAAAGACUGUGAGUGUAAGUGUGAGUGUAAGUGUGAGUGUAAGGAGUGUGAGGGAGGCCACAGAUGGACCAGUCUCCUCAUGGUCUAGGAUGCUGCUUCUCCUCGGAAUUUAUGAAGUCAGAUAAACAGGUGUUCCCCCGCCCAUGGGUGUGGCUUUGUUGUGUUUUCACUCCACACCCGGGGCUUAGCUCGACGCCCGGGGCUUAGCUCGACGCCCGGGGCUUAGCUCGACGCCCGGGGCUUAGCUCGACGCCCGGGGCUUAGCUCGACGCCCGGGGCUUAGCUCGACGCCCGGGGCUCACGGGGGCACUACAAUUCACUGUAUUUUACACUGUGUUUAUGGCGGCCGAUUUUGUAACGUUUUCCUUUGUGCUUUUAAUGUAAAAUUAAUACUUAUA